UUUGUGAACAGACUCCAUUUUGAAGGACCCGGUGAACAGAGGAAAUAAGGCUUUGCAACUCGUCUAAAGGAAAGGAAGCCAUCUGUUUUCCGGGAUGGAGCCAUGGCAGCAUGAGUCGGCCCUAUGAACUGCCCAUCAAAGAUGCUCAGGCCUGCUGCUCUGACCUAACAUUGACCUCUGCCCCCAAUGACCCUGUCUCCCCCUGCUCAAAGCACCAUAACCGCAAUUCAAGACUAGACCCUCCACAUGCCAUGCAGCUGUCCACCGCCCCUGCCCUCAAAUCUACAUCCACCUAUGGGUUCAUCAAGGACCUAUCUUCCUCCUACAGCCCUCUGGGAAGGCUACAGCACCUGACCACCAUGGUCAGCCACCCGGACCUGGUCCUACCUGGAGUCGGGGAGAGGGCCUCCCAGGGCUCCAGGGAAGACUCGCAUACCCGGAAUGCUGUAAAUUCCUUGGCCCUCACACCUCCCCAGCCAGGCAGCAGAGACACAGACACCAGUAAGACUAAUCUUAGUGUGGAGAAGAAGAGUGACUGUUGCUUCUCUGACCCACCCAGUCCAGCCUUCUCACUGGAUAGCAACAGCCCCUUUGCGAAUGGCUACCUGCAUUUUGAGUCCACUUUGUUUGAUGAUGAUGAUGAUGAUGCAGAGGAUGAUGAGGAUAUAGCUUUACCUCUGACAGACAGACAGAGAAAGGUUGGAAAGUCACCUGAACCUCUUCCUGGAUUUUUAAACUUGAAGGUCAAAAAUAUACCGGAGCCAGGGCUGUCUGUGGGUAAAGGCUUGCAGUCCCCUGGUGUCCCCCCAUUUACAGCACAUGAUGGGUCAAACGAGGACUGGGGGAGUGACUGUGAGCCGCUCUCUCUUGGGAAUAGCCCCUCUGGGCCUGCAAUGAUGGGCAGCCCAAAGAAGAAGUCCUUUCCACCUGUAAAGUUUUUAGAGGGUGAAGUUAUAUGGGCAAAGUUCAACCGAAGACCCUGGUGGCCUUGUGAGGUGACCGUUGACCCACUACAGGGAACCUACAACAAAAUGAAAGAGCCCAGUGACAGGCCUUGUCGGCAGUACCACAUCAGGACCUUUGGGCAGCCUGUGGAACUGGCCUGGGUCACAGGGAAAGCUAUACACACAUUUAAUGGAGGCUUUGAGUUCGAACAGCUCCCCUUGCUGCGCAGGAGAGGAAGGCAAAGGGACGAAGACUACAAAUACAUUAUACCCAAGAGGUUUAAUGCAUCUUGGAAAACCAGUGUGGCUGAAGCAGAAUCUGUCCUCCCAGAGCGACCCAAAAUGGGUGUCUCUAUACCUGACUCCAUAUCUACAACCCUCUAUGAUGUGUCCACAUCAGAAAAAGAGGGCAAGGCUCUUCCAACUACCCCUUCCAAUCCACCCAACUGUAUACACCCUGCACCAAGCAACUUAACAAAUGGAACUCUGUCACCACACAGUAAACAUUCCCCAACAAAAGGAAGCACUUCCAAGAAGCCUCAAAGCAAGAAGAAGCCAAGUAAAGCAUUUAAAUCUAUAAAUGAGUGCUUGAACACCAAAACAACAUUUGACAGCACUGACAAGCCAGAGGGGGACAUAAAAGAAUGUCCGUAUUCGGACCUUGACUCUAUCCCCAAUAUUUUGUGUCCUAAAGCACUUGAGCGUCAAUCCAAGCCCGCUCAGACUCAGCCCUCAGUUCCAGUAGUAAAAGAGGUGAAGAAGCAUCCUGAAGGACACAGUCGACUGUGGUUCAGCAAACCAGGAAAAGACAGGCGACUCAACACUACCGCCUCCUUAUCUAACCACAGUGCCUUCAGCAAGGGCCCCUGCAAGAAAAAGACUCAAACUGCAGCUGCUGUCAACAGAAAGACUCAAGUGUCCAGUGCGGCCAUCAAGGAAUGCUCUAUUGAUCAGUUGAAGACUCCAGUGUCCAGUGUAAUAGUCAAAGAACACCCUGCUGAUCAGUUGAAGACUCCAGGGUAUAGCGUAACAGUCAAAGAAUGUCCUGUUGAUCAGUUGAAGACUCCAGUCUCAAGUGUGCCCGAGCUCCCUGAUGAGUCGAAGGCCCUGCGCAAGCAGCUUGCACAUCUGCCAGCUAGCAACCGCCUGAUGACCAGAGCUCUUAAAGCUAUGGAGUUAGCAGAGCGGAAACAGAAUCUGUUCUUCAGCCCAAAGCCUGGCUGUUUCCUUCCAAUCACCAAGACAGAGGAGGAGGUGUCAUCUUCCACAAACACUCCUUCUGAUAAACCAGAGACCAAAACAGACUGUGAUACAGAGGACAAACCUUUAAAGGUUGACAAUGAUAAUCAGAUCACUGCUUUGCCAAAUUGGUCCUCCUCAAAGUUCACCAGGUUGAAGGACUUUGAAGCAGAGGUUAAGACUGAAGAUGAGGGCUUCUUGAUAUCCCAGAUGCCUGUGGACUUCAUACCUCUGACUUCUGGGAAGGCAAAGAAAAAUAACUGUGUGUCUGACAUCUCCUCCUGUUCCUCGCCAUGCUUCUCUCCCAUGGACGCCUUCAAAGACAUUAAAGAGUUAUCCUUCAAGUCCCUGGAAUCAAGUGAGGGUGAUGGGAAACCUGUGUCUUUUAAACCAGACACUAACUACACGUUCAGUACUUUCCUCAUGCUGCUGAAGGACAUGCACGAUACCAGGGAGAAAGAUGGAACUCCCUUGGAGCUAGAAAUCGGACCACCCAGUGCCCAUGUAAAAGAGGAGCCUUCCGUGAUUCCACCCUUACUGGGAGAGGAGUCACUCGGUCAAGGCCCGAGUCUCAGCAAAAGUCAACAAGGCAAGAGCAAAACCAAGGUCAAACCCAAGUCUUCUCUGAAGGUAGAAAUUCCACAACUUGAAGGCAGCACAAACCAGGGUGUGAAAAGGCUAGCCAAAAAGAGAGGCUCGUCCGGGACAAAAAAGAAACCGAAUGGAAAAGUGCCUUGUGGUAAGAGGUCUCCUGGACCUGGCUACCUUGGGAUGGAGGCCUCGCACCACCUUCCGAGCAAUUCUUGGGAGAAGUUUGACCAGGAUUUAGAGAUAUUAGGGGGGGUGGGGGAGGGCUGCAGUAGGCUAACGAAUGAGAGACUACAGAACAUGGUGCAUUUGGAGCAGGGUGGUGUAGAACCAUCAGUGUCCUUUCAGCCAAAGACAGUGUUGGACCAGCAGACUAUCCCUGCUACAAUCUCUUCAAACACUACACAAAGUACUGGGGAAGGCCAGGAGGCUCCCACAGCACAUAAACGAAUUCGAAAACCAAGCAAAAGACUCAUAGAAUGGACAGAAGAGUACGGUCAGGUAAUCUCCACAAGGAAGAAACAGAAAAAGCCCCUCCAGUCUUUGGGAAAGGUGGCACAUUCCAACAGCAACAAACCAGAUCCCCUACCAUCAGGGAAAACCACACAUGACCAUGCCCCUCUGAACCCACUUCCUGAAAUACAAACUCUGCCCCCAGACGAACCAUCCAAGACCCCCACUGGACAAGCCCCUCCCCCAAUAGAGAACACUCCCCCUCAGGAUGCACCUAUCCUGUCCAUAGAUACUCUAAUCCCGCCCCCUUCGCUGUUGAGUGACGGUCUGACGAAGAAUGUUGGUGACAUUCCAUACUUGGAAACCAUCCAUAAGAGACAGAGGAAACCAACUCCGAAGAUUAUGGAGGCUGCCACAAUUCCAAAAAAGAGGGUCAAGUCCCUGAAGACCAUCUUAUCAAGUCAUGCUGUUCAUUCAGGCUCUGGACAACUCUCCUCUAAAUCAAAGAUCAAGCCACCUACGACAGCCACCCCUGCACCCUCCACAUUUACACCCUGCACCCCUGCACCCUGCCCCCCGAGCAGCCUGGAGAGCGGGUCAGACUGUGAUGUCACCACGCCCCCCACUGAGGAAACUGAUCUCCAUGACGAUGGGAGGGACACCCUAGAUCCAGAGGGUUUUACAUCCAGUUUGGAUGACAGCUUUUCAUCCAUGAGGGAGGAGUCUUCACUGUGCGAUGAUACACUCUCCCCCAAUAAGAAGAUCAUAGGGGACAGAGGGGGCGCUGCCUCAUUGAAGGAGAAUGUGUGUCAGGUGUGUGAGAAGACUGGGGAGCUGCUGCUGUGUGAGGGCCAGUGUUGUGGGGCCUUCCACCUCCAGUGUAUCGGCCUCACAGAGCCUCCUAUAGGGAAGUUCAUCUGCCAGGAGUGCAAGUCUGGUGUCCACACCUGUUUUGCGUGUAAGAAGCCCGGGGAGGACGUGAAGCGCUGUAUGAUCCCAGUGUGUGGGAAGUUCUACCAUGGAGAGUGUAUAGCCAACCAAGCUCCCGCUGCCCCACUGCACCGGGGCUUCCGCUGCUCUCUCCACGUCUGUCUGUCCUGCUUCAUAACCAACCCUGUCAACCCCUCCAUCUCCAAAGGUCGUCUGACGCGCUGUGUGCGCUGCCCUGUGGCGUACCAUGCCAAUGACUACUGCAUGGCAGCGGGCAGUGUGGUCCUGGCCAACAACAGCUUCCUGUGUCCCAACCACUUCACCCCCCGCAGGGGCAUCCGCAACCAUGAACACGUCAACGUCAGCUGGUGCUUUGUCUGCUCCGAAGGGGGCAGUCUGCUGUGCUGUGAGUCGUGUCCUGCUGCCUUCCACCAGGAGUGUCUGAACAUCGACAUGCCUGAGGGCAGUUGGUUCUGCAACGACUGCCUGGCCGGGAAGAAGCCCCACUAUAAGGACAUCCUGUGGGUCAAAGUGGGCCGAUACAGGUGGUGGCCUGCGGAGGUCAGCCAUCCCAAGAACAUUCCGGAGAACAUCCUACGUAUGAGACACAACGUAGGAGAGUUCCCUGUGCACUUCUUUGGUUCCAACGACUACCUGUGGACCUACCAGGCCCGAGUCUUCCCCUACAUGGACGUAGACACCAACAAUAAGGAGAAGAUGGGGAAGGGAGUAGACGCCAUCUACAAGAAAGCUUUGGAGGAAGCUGCUAAUAGGUUUCUGGAACUGCAGGCAGAGAAAGAACUGAGACAGCUUCAGGAGGACAGGAGGAAUGACAAGAAACCCCCUCCAUACAGACACAUCAAGGUGAAUAGGCCAAUCGGGAAGGUGCAGUUCAUCACGGCCGACCUAUCAGAGAUCCCGCGCUGUAACUGCAAGGCAUCGGACGAGAACCCGUGUGGCAUUGACUCUGAGUGUAUCAACCGCAUGCUGAUGUACGAGUGCCACCCCCAAGUGUGCCCAGCGGGGGAGAGCUGCCUUAACCAGGCCUUCACCAAGCGCCAGUACAGCCAGGUGGAGAUCUUCAGGACGCUGGCACGAGGCUGGGGCCUUCGCUGUGCCCACGACAUCAAGAAGGGGGAGUUUGUGAAUGAGUACGUAGGAGAGGUGAUCGAUGAGGAGGAGUGUCGGGCCAGGAUCAAACACGCCCAGGAUAACGACAUCUGUAACUUCUACAUGCUGACUCUGGACAAGGAUCGGAUCAUCGACGCUGGUCCGAAGGGGAAUCAGGCCCGCUUCAUGAACCACAGCUGCCAGCCCAACUGUGAGACCCAGAAGUGGACGGUGAAUGGAGAUACACGUGUGGGGCUCUUCGCUCUCAUAGACGUCCCUGCAGGCACAGAGCUGACGUUCAACUACAAUCUGGAGUGUCUGGCCAAUGGGAAGACUGUGUGUAAAUGUGGAGCUCCAAACUGCAGCGGCUUCCUAGGAGUCCGGCCAAAGAACAACCCUCCAGCAGACGACAAGGGCCGCAAGCUGAAGAAAAAGGUCCAGGCUAAACGGAAGAACAAGAUGGAGGUGACCAAGGAGAGGGAGGACGAGUGCUUCAGUUGUGGGGACGGGGGACAGAUUGUGUCCUGUAAGAGACCAGGCUGUCCCAAGGUCUACCACGCAGACUGUCUCAACCUCACCAAAAGGCCUGCAGGUCGGUGGGAGUGCCCGUGGCACCAGUGUGACCUGUGUGGUAAGGAGGCGGCCUCCUUCUGUGAGAUGUGUCCCAGCUCGUACUGCACAAUGCACCGCGACGGCAUGCUCUUCAUCUCCAAGCUGGACGGACGGCUGUCCUGCAGCGAACACGACCCCUGUGGACCAGACCCCCUGGAGCCAGGGGAGAUCAGGGAACACCUACCCGACACUGGGGCUAUCUCACCAGGCCUGGGGGCUAGUGUUGUACCCCCUCCUGCUGCUGACGUGGCUGGUGCUGCGGCUACAGUCACUACAAGGGGGACAGGGGACCCCCAACCUAUCCCUGGCCCUGAGUCUUUCUCCCCUCUCCCCAUCUCUGGUCCCAUCUCUGGCCCCAUCAGCACCCCUCUACCCAGCUCUGAGGCCAUCGAUAGCUCUCACCUAUUCCUUCCCCAAUACUCACCCAUCUCUUCCUACGGAGAUGAGAAAGAAGAAAUUGAGGAUCCUUUUGGUAAUGAAGAGGGGGAUGGAGAGGGGAUUGAGGGAGAGUUGGAGGAUGGAGAGAUGGAAGGCUUAAAGUUGAAAGAUGAAGAGGAUGAGGAAGAGGAGGAG